UGUUUGGCAAUGUUCCCCAGGGCGUUUAACUCGACACACCAGCGUACUGGUCAGACGGAUCUCACUGUAUCCGGUGCACCCCUUGCAGGACAGACCACUUUGAAAAACAUUCAGAUUAUUUUACACAUUCGGCCACCCAACGCCAUGGCCCAAGCCAAAAUACAAGCGAAACUCAACGAUGCAUCUAGCGGCAAGUUCAACAGAACAAUGUCCAUGGCGGAUCGGGCUGGACAGCUUUUGUCGAAUUUGGAUCAGCUGGAGAUAAGGGUGGAGACUUUACGCGAAACAGCCUCGGCCAUGGAGCAGGAAAGGGAGUGCAUCCUGGAAAUGAUCCAAACCUUACAGAAUAGUCAAGAAAUGCAUAACAUCAGUGCCGGGGAGAAAGAAGAGUUGACUUUGACUGCAGACCGACUAAUGGGCCGCACAUUGUCAGUUGAGAUCAACGUGGGCACCAUCAGGAACAGCCAGCAAGAGGAGGCUCUGCGCAAGGCCACGUCCAUCAUUGACGAAAUCGUGAAGAAGCUGCUGGACAACAUGGCUGAAUCGAGGCAGCGGCUCCUCGCUUUGCAUUCGGCCUGCCUGACGGACGUGCCGCCCGUGCCCAUCGACGAGAAGUUUCAGGCCAUUGUGAUCGGUUGUGCUCUGGAGGACCAGAAAAAAAUCAAGAGGAGGUUGGAGAUGCUGCUGAGGAACGUUGGAAAUGCCGAGAAAAAUAUAAAGAUCAUGGAUCACCAGAAAUUAGAGGAGUCAAAAACAAACGGCAGUCAAUAGGAAUUGUUACCAAAACCUAAAAUAUCCUUCACUGUGGUAAGCAAACUGUGACAUGGGGUGCAUACAUUUGUUGUGUACCUUGGGGCCAAAAGCACCACCAGACUAGCAUGAAAUGUUUAUGCCACCAUUAAUUACAAUGUUAACUCUACUACCAAUGCCUGAAGACGAUACGAGUCACAUUAGGCCGUGGAUUUAUUUGCAUAAAGCUCUUUUUGCAUACAAUUGAA